GAAUUAGCUAAGAGGACUCCCUCGAAGCAUCCUGAUCACCCAGCUGUCCAGAACGCAUUGCAGGCAAUGAAGACAGUCUGCACAAAUAUCAACGAGACCAAGAGACAGAUGGAGAAACUGGAAGCCCUUGAACAGUUGCAGUCCCACAUUGAAGGAUGGGAGGGGUCAAAUCUAACAGAUAUCUGCACACAGCUCUUGCUCCAAGGGACUUUGUUAAAAAUUUCAGCAGGGAAUAUCCAGGAGAGAAUGUUCUUUCUAUUCGAUAAUCUACUGGUCUAUUGCAAGAGGAAAUCCAGAGUUACUGGGAAAAAACCAUCCAAACGGACGAAAUCAAUCAACGGGUCCCUGUAUAUCUUCAGGGGCCGAAUAAACACAGAAGUCAUGGAGGUGGAGAAUGUGGAAGAUGGAACAGCAGAUUACCACAGCAACGGCUACACUGUGACAAAUGGCUGGAAGAUACACAACACAGCCAAAAACAAAUGGUUUGUCUGUAUGGCCAAGACUGCAGAGGACAAACAGAAAUGGCUGGAUGCUAUAAUCAAGGAAAGGGAGCAGAGAGAGAGCUUGAAACUGGGAAUGGAGAGGGAUGCAUACGUCAUGAUUGCAGAGAAAGGAGAGAAGCUGUACCAAAUGAUGAUGAGCAAGAAAGUGAACCUUAUCAAAGACAGGAGGAGAAAAUUAAGUACUGUUCCCAAGUGCUUUCUUGGCAAUGAGUUUGUAUCAUGGCUCACAGAGAUUGGAGAGAUAAGCAAACCGGAGGAAGGGGUCAACCUGGGACAGGCACUACUGGAAAACGGAAUCAUUCAUCAUGUUUCAGAUAAGCACCAGUUUAAGAAUGAGCAGGUGAUGUACAGAUUUCGCUAUGAUGAUGGCACAUACAAGCCAAGAAGUGAAUUGGAAGACAUCAUGUCCAAGGGCGUGAGGCUCUACUGCCGACUACACUGCCUAUAUACUCCAGUGGUAAAAGACCGUGACUACCACCUAAAGACCUACAAAUCAGUAAUCCCUGCAAGUAAACUAGUGGAUUGGCUUAUUGCACAGGGAGACUGUCAGACUCGGGAGGAAGCUGUCGCACUGGGUGUUGGACUCUGCAAUAACGGCUUCAUGCAUCAUGUCCUGGAGAAAAGUGAAUUUAAGGAUGAAUCCUUGUAUUUCCGCUUUUAUGCUGAUGAGGAGAUGGAAGGCACCAGUUCCAAGAGCAAACAAUUACGUAAUGACUUCAAGGAGAGAGGUUGGCAAGUCAGUAACAAGAAGCAUUCAUCAUCCAGGUGUAGGUUACCAGAUAAUGGCUUUGAGUGGAUUUGGAUACUAAAAAUUACAGUGAACUCUGAAGUGAAAAAUAUCCUUUACGCUAUUUUACCGGAAGAGGAUGACUAUGGAUUUGACAUGGAAGAAAAGAACAAAGCAAUUGUGGUGAAGUCAGUUCGACGAGGGUCUUCUGCAGAGAUGGCUGGCCUGCAGACAGGAAGAAAAAUCUAUUCCAUCAAUGAGGACUUAAUAUUCCUACGCCCAUUUUCAGAAGUGGAAACCAUCUUAAACCAGUCGUUCUCCUCACGAAGGCCACUUAGGCUUCUUGUAGCCACCAAAUCAAAAGAGAUUAUUAAAAUCCCAGAUUGUCCUGAAGCACUUUGCUUUCAGAUACGGGGAGCAGCACCACCAUAUGUUCGUGCAGUAGGAAGAGGUUCUGAGGCUGCAGCUGUAGGCCUUCAUCCAGGGCAGUGUAUUUUGAAAGUUAAUGGGAAUAAUGCAACACAUGGAAAUUAUAUGGAAGUUCUGGAGCACUUUACAGCCUACAGGACCAGACAACAGGAAGCACUGGGAUUGUACCAGUGGGUGUACAGAACACAUGAAGAUGCUGAGGAGGACAGAGUUCAGCAAGCAGCAUCCACUGCAUAUCUGAACGGCAGUCAUCCUGGCUCCAGCAACGAAGACUCUUCACUGGAAGGAGGUGCGGAAUUGGAUCCCCUUCAAAAUAGCCAACAGGAAUCAGCCCAGACACCACAGACCAUCAGCUCUUCUCUGACCAUUGGUGAAGAAACACCUCUCAUUAGCCUGACUGUGGAUAACACCCACCUGGAGCAUGGGGUGGUGUACGAAUAUGUCAGCAGCGCAGGAAUCAAAUCGUUUGUCCUGGAGAAAAUUGUGGAACCAAAAGGUUGCUUCAAUCUCACUGCAAAGAUUUUAGAGGCCUUUGCUGCAGAGGACAAUCAGUUUGUAAGGAAUUGCAAAAGACUUAUAUCCCUAAGCAGUGCUGUGGCCACCAUGCCCCAGUAUGAAUUCCGGCAAAUCUGUGACACUAAGCUGGAAAGCAUUAGCAGAAGGAUCACAAACUACCAAGAGUUUGCAGAUGAAUUGAAAACAAAGGUGAGCCCAGCCUUCAAACAAGCCAUCAUGGAACCACAUUUCCUCAACAGCAUGGAUUUCUGCCCCACCAACUGCCAUGUUAACCUCAUGGAGGUAUCGUACCCCAAAAACACUACCUCAGCAGGGAGGUCGUUCAGCAUUCGCAUUGGACGGAAAGCCUCUAUUAUUGGUCUCGAUCCAGAACAAGGUACCAUAAAUCCAGUCUCAUAUACCCAACAUUGCAUCACCACUAUGGCUGCACCAUCCUGGAGAUGUCUGACCCCAGAAGAUGGAGAUCUUGAUGGUAGCUUUGGUCAGCAGAAUGGAGGAACAAUUCAGGAAGAAAGGGGACUCAGUUUUCUGCUGAAACAGGAAGAUCGGGAGAUACAGGACUCAUACUUGCACCUCUUUAACAAACUUGAUAUUGCAGUGAAGGAAAUGAAGCAGUAUGUCAUUCAGAUAAAUAAACUUUUGUCCACCAUAACAGAACCUACAGAAGGUGGUGCCUGUGAGCCACCAUCUACUGAGGAAACAUCUCCACCUUCCCUGGGAACAGAAGAGAGUGAUCCUGACAAAGCAGAGCAUGGUGGAAGCAAGAAGGUCUGUUUCAAAGUUUCUGAGGAGGACCAGGAAGACUCUGGGCAUGACACAAUGAGUUUCAGAGACUCCUACAGUGAAUGUAACAGUAACCGGGACUCGGUAUUGUCAUACACCAGUGUACGGAGUAACAGCUCUUACUUGGGCAGUGAUGAGAUGGGAUCAGGAGAUGAGCUUCCCAGUGAUAUGAGGAUUCCUUUAGACAAGCAGGACAAACUUCAUGGCUGCCUGGAACAUCUUUUCAACCAGGUUGAUGCAAUCAAUGCACUUCUAAAAGGACCGGUAAUAACUAAGGCCUUUGAAGAAACCAAGCACUUUCCAAUGGACCACAGUUUGCAAGAAUUUAAACAGAAGGAAGAAACCACAGUUAGGUGCCGGAAUAAUAUUCAAGCCAGCAUUCAAGAAGAUCCAUGGAACCUUCCAUUGUGCAUCAAGAACCUUGUUGAAAUCAUACAAAAACACGUGGAAGAUGGGAAGAAUCAGCUGCUUUUGGCCUUGUUAAAAUGCACAGAUACUGAGCUACAGCUGAGACGUGAUUCCAUCUUCUGUCAGUCUCUUGUGGCUGCUAUUUGCACCUUUUCAGAGCAGUUACUGGCUGCUCUCAACUAUCGAUACAACAACAAUGGGGAAUACGAAGAGAGCAGCAGAGAUGCCAGCAGAAAAUGGCUGGAACAGAUAGCAGCCACUGGUGUUUUACUGAACUACCAGUCUCUUCUCUCCCCCUCUGUGAAGGAGGAGCGUACCAUGCUGGAAGACAUCCAGGUCACUCUGACUGAACUGGACAAAGUUGCCUUCUAUUUCAAGCAGCUGGAUGAAAGUCUUGUAGCAAAUACUCAUGUCUUCUACCACAUCGAAGGAAGUCGUCAGGCCUUGAAGGUUAUCUUUUAUCUUGACAGCUACUACUUCUCCAAACUGCCUUCUCGAUUUCAGAAUGGGGGAAGCUUGAAACUGCACACGGUGCUCUUUACAAAAGCUCUGGAGAGUGUGGAGGGGCAAUCACAACCGGCUGGCUCCUCUCUAGAAGAACUUCCACAGCAAAUUAAUGGUAUUUCACUUGAAAAAGUGCAGCAAUACUACCGUAAACUCAGGACAUUUUACCUAGAGAGAUCAAACCUGCCCACUGAUUCCAAUACUACUGCAGUGAAGAUUGACCAGCUUAUUCGCCCCAUUAAUGCAAUGGAUGAGCUUUGCAGGCUGAUGAAGUCUUUCAUUAAUACAAAACCAACCCAGCCAGGAUAUUCUAGCAGUAACACAUCAGGAGCAGGCCUGCUACCUAUAUCCUCUGAGCUCUGUUACCGACUCGGAGCCUGUCAGAUUACUAUGUGCGGCACUGGGAUGCAGAGAAGCACACUGAGCGUGUCCCUGGAGCAAGCAGCCAUACUGGCUCGAAGUCAUGGACUUCUGCCCAAGUGUAUCAUGCAAGCUACAGACAUCAUGCGAAAGCAAGGACCAAGGGUUGAAAUCUCUGCCAAGAAUCUGAAAGUGAUGGACCAAAUGCCACAGUGUGCACCUCGACUCUAUAGGUUGUGCCAGCCACCUACAGAUGGGGACUUAUAGAAGUGGGAGAGGCACCUACAUUGCAGCAUCAUGAAAGCAUUCAACUAGGAGCAGCCCUGUCUGAGGACCCAUGCUAACUGACACUGAUGGUGCUGAAUCAAGAGAGGAAGAGAGAUUGCUCUGCUUGAGUAGGAGAUGAACCUGCCGGACCCAGGCACCGAGAAUCUGCCUUUGAACUCCUGCAGCCCACGCAGGGAUUCGUGCAUUUCUCUGACUUCUUGAAGAAAUUCUUGAA